UCUUUUUUUUUUUUUGGGUGGCGAUGAUAAUUGAUGUUCGGUAAUCGCGUCUGAGGAAGACGACGAUUCGGUCGGGCAUUGGCGAUCGCUUUCGAGCCGCGAAGCGCCACCAACUCCGAUUCGUGUCAGCUCACCCGUCCCUUCGCUCCGCUACCUCUCUCUCUCUCUCUCUCCGGCCGCGGGCCCGCCGAGCCACGUCCCUUCGCUCGCCGCGAGUUCCGGCGUAGGAAAUGCGGGCAGCGGCGGCGGCGGCGGCGGCGGUGGAGGCCGAGGCCGAGGCGGAGCGGCGGUGAAUCUAGGGUUUCGGCGUGUGUAGAGAGAGAGAGAGAGUGUAGAGAGAGAGAGAGAGAGAGAGAGAGAGGGAUGAAGGAGAUUGUGGGGAGUCCCGGGACGGUGAGCGGGAUGGCGUUGCGGGUGGGGCAAUGCGCGUGCGCCGGUGCUUCCAUCGGGUUCAUGGUGUCUGCUCUCGGGUUCUCGAGCUACACUGCUUUCUGCUACUUAAUUGCAUCGAUGGGCCUUCAAGUGUUAUGGAGCUUUGGACUAGCCUGCCUUGACAUCUAUGCUUUGAAGAGAAAAAGAGACCUUCAGAAUCCUGUCCUUGUGAGCCUGUUUGUUGUUGGUGACUGGGUGACGGCUACAUUAUCACUUGCAGCUGCAUGCUCAUCAGCCGGUGUGAUCGUUCUAUAUUCUAGGGACUUGAACUUCUGUAGGGCACAGAAUCAUCUACCAUGCGGCAGAUUUCAACUUUCGGUAGCAUUGGCAUUCUGUACCUGGGCCCUUAUUGCCAUGUCUUCUCAUGUUAUGUUCUGGAUCUUGGCAUCGAUAUAGAUGGCCUUCCUCUGAGGCCUCACUUUGCGAGGAUACUGCAGUAUCUAUGGUUUCACUUGUAUAUUCCGAUGCUCCUAUCCUUUUUUCACCUUCUUCCCUGUAGGUCAAUGAACUAAACUCUUCAAAUGCCUAAUAUUCUGGGCAAUUUUCAGGAUGUUCCUCUCUGUCUUGUUGGGCUUUGCCUCUUUGGUUUUUCAGUAUAAAUGAAAAAGCACUUUGCUUGAGCUGUCUAAUGCAGAUGAAGAUUUUUAGUGAA